UCUCCUAUAGAACGCAUACGACUGUUGGUAGCUAACUGCUGUCGGUCAUCGGUAGGCGUACCCAAGUUCAGUUGUGCAGUGUUUAGAAUGACGUUUGAUCGGGCAUGAGGGGUAGAGAAAUGCGAGAGUACGACCUGCAGCUUCGACUGCGACACAGCAAAUGCAAGCUGGUCAAAGAUGGGAGUCAAUAAGUGAAAAAAGACGUAGAGCGUGUCUGGCUGGCCUAUCCCCUUUCUACCUCAUCUCUCCCUCUAUUCGUCUCGACUCCGAUGCUGCCUGCCAGAAGAUGCCAAUGAACACCAAUGCCCGAAAAGUUCGCAACCAAGAUGGCAAUCCUUGCAUCGAGGAGAGUGAUGGUUCCCAGAAGUGCAUGGACAGGAACAACUAUGACAAGGGCAUGUGCACCUUCUACUUCCAGAGAUACAAGGAGUGCCGGAAGUACUGGCACAAUAUCAUGAUCCAGCGUCGGCGGGAUGGUGUAAAGCCAGAUAUGCCAACAGCGUCGGAACGCGAAGACAUCCUUGCUGCCAUUGGCGGGAAACCCUACUGAGGCCUGCAGGAAGAACAGUGCUGCUGCAUCAACAAACCAAGCUCUAACGAGCGCUCCUGAAAGACGAGGUUUCUGCGACCGGACACGGUGCGCUCAGAGUACAGUUCACACACUGUAUUUGGUGGUUUGUGGACCACCUUUUACACAAUACAGUGAGAAUACGUUGGACCACAUUUCACACAAUGCUUUGUGCUUUUAUCUGAAUGUAGGAGAGGCAUGUGUGUCACUUGCUGAGAGGAUUCACACUUGAAUCAUGGGUAGUUGAUUUGAGCCAUGCCUUGUCAAGGGUGUUUUGAUCGUUAUAAAAGGUCCUUAUUGACAGCGCCAUUUGGUUCAAAUGUGGCUGAAAAGACGGCCUGAGUGUGUGUGAGUGUGUUUGUAAUGGUAUUUUUGUUGAUGUUUCAAAUGCUUCUGAAUGCAUUUACACCUUGUCUGGAAAUCGAGGGUACUUGGGUGUUGUGACUAAACAUAGAAUACCACUGCUGUGAAGUAUUGUGUGUAAAAUGCUUUUCACUACAUUUCAACUCAGUGUAAGUCCCUCUGGAAACGAAGGAGGAACUGGUAUGACCAAUGUGGUCUUGUUGGUGCCAAUAUUAUCACCAUAUUGGUGUGUUUGCAGAAGACCCUAAAUAAACUCAAUGGAACACA